AUGGUGCGCAGACGCUCUACGAAGCCGAAAGGCAAGUCUGCACCGCGGCCUGUGGACCGGAAGGACUCGAAGAUGAAGAGGUGGGAGACUGCCGAUGACAUCCCUAUGGACGAUGAAGACCAAUUUCACGCGUCGAAGGACCAGAUAUUGCUCGACGGCGCAGACUUGGGCGAUGACGACGACGAGGGAGAUGUGGACGAGGUCUUUGCGUUGAAGGGCAUGCCGUCCGACUCGGACGACGACGAAGAAGGCGGAGACGAGGAGGAUGUGGACAUGGACGAAGACGAGCCGGCACCAGCACCGAAAAAGGAGAAGAAAAAGGCGAAAGGCAAGGCAGUCGUACCGCCUGAUUCGGACGAGGAAAAGGCUGGGGAGAGCGAGGAGGAAGAGUCGUGGGGCGCGAAGAAGUCUGCGUAUUAUUCGAGCAACGCGCAAGAGAUGGACUCGGACGACGAAGAGGCGAACGAGUUGGAGGAGCAGGAGGCUAGGAGGCUGCAGUCCAAAGCGCGGGAAACUUUGGACGACGACGACUUUGGGCUGGGAGAUGUCGUCGAGGUGGUGGUCGAGGAGGAUGCCGAGGAUUUAUUGGAAGAACCCGAGCCUGUCGCCGCGGAUCUGUCACAGGAUAAGCUGUCGCUGCUCAGACAUCUGGCGAAAGACUCACCCGAGACGCUCGCUCUCGCCAACGACUGGGAGGAUACUGCCGCUCGCGUGGUCCGUGCGCAGGAGAAGCUUCAGAAAUUGGAAGCCGAGCAACCAAACGCUAUGUCCCUCGGCAUGGUACACCUACACUACCAAACACUCGUAACCUACGCCACCAACCUUGCAUUCUACCUCCACCUCUGCGCCUCCCCCAAAUACGCCUCACAUCCCUCUGACCUGCGCAAGCACCCCGUCUUUACGCGUCUACUCCAGCUCAAAGAAGCAUUGUCCACGCUCGAGGAGCUUGACUUUGACGCUUCCGAAGGCGAAGAGGACGAAGAGGACGACGAAGAUCUGGACUCAGACUUUGAGGGACUGGACGAUGAGGAGUUGGAAGAUCUCGACGACGACGAGUAUCUUGAGUAUGCGAAGCAAAUGCUGUCGCGCAAGAAAGGGUCGUCAGGAUCGAAAGUCGAGCUGGACGACCUCGAAGCACUCCUUCGUGACGCCGAACGCGACCUCCCAACGUCUGACUCUGAGCUCUCCGCCGAUGAUGCUCCACCACCACCUCCGAAGAAGCAGAAGAAGCGUAAAGAGAGCGGUGCAGAAGAGCCGGCAAAGAAGAAGCGCAAGACGACCGCGACGAGUGCGGCGCCCGUCUUCGACCUCGAAGAGCCGGAGUUCGUGCCUUCUUCCAAGAAGCGUGCUUCGACAUCCGCCGCCGCAGACCCAACGGACGUUUACGGCGAUGCUCUCACCUUGACCUCCACCGAUGCAGCCGACAAACAAGCCCGUCGCAAGACGCUCAGGUUCCAUGCCUCCAAGAUCGAGAGCGCUGCUGCUAGAAGAGCAGGCGCGAGGCAAGCGUUGGGAGGCGACGAUGAUAUCCCAUACAAGGAGCGCAGGAGAGAGGCGGAGAAGAGGAAGGAGCGAGAGGCAAGGGAAAGGGGCGCUGUGGGUGGAGACGAUUUGGAUGACGAGGAACCUGCAUCCGCGCCGAGUAGGAGUAGAGGAGACGGCGACGAAGGAGAGGAUGAUGAGGGCGAUGAUGGAUACUACUCGCUCAUCAAGAAGCAGAAGAAGGAGAAGAAAGAGGCGAAGAAGGCUGAACAUGAUGCCGCAGUUGCAGCCGCUCGUGAGGCGCUCAUGGAAGACACCGACUCAGCCGACGGCCCGCGCGGCCUUACCCGUGCCAUCCUCAAGAACCGCGGCCUCACACCGCACAGGAGCAAGAGCGUGCGCAACCCGCGUGUCAAGAAGCGGCAGAGGUACGACCAGGCCAAGAAGAAGUUGGCCAGUCAGCGCGCGGUGUACAAGGAGGGUCCGAGGGACGUCACGAGGUACGAGGGAGAGAAGAGUGGUAUCAGUAAGGUCGUUAAGAGUGUCAAGUUCAACUGA